CCCUUUCUCGUCGUUAAAGGCCGAGCUGGCAGACAUGGUUGCUUUUCCUGUGUUUGCACCUCACCACCCUGAGGCGACCGAGAUUUGGUAGGGAAGGUAUCGCUUGUUCCACGGCCCUUAAAGGCGCACAGGCACUGUAUUAUCCCUGGGAGGAGGGGGACAAUGAUUGAAAGAGGAGGCGGAACAGGGACUGUGACGCACUGGUCACGUGAAGUGGAAAGCUCCUCUCGAGCGAUGAAGAAGUCAGCUUCGGGCAUUCACCGAGUCUUCCAGAGUUCCAGAUACACAGGGAGCUUCACAGGUUUUCAAAGCCGAAAAGGUUCUAUGAUGCUGUCGGACAGUAGAAAUAUGGGCAGGAGUGCCAUUCAAAAGAAAGCCAUCCGGGUGCUGGAUGAGGACGGUAAUGAUGUCACACCUCGGCCACUCCACCAGCCUGAGCCCAAGGACCCGCAUGCCAAACCAACCAGAUUCAUUUUCGACGAUGUCUUCUCCAAAUGGGAUGCCUCGAAAUCAUCCUCAUUCUCCAAUGUGCCCUCCUCUGGGUCAUUUAUGUGGAGCAGCAGACCCCCAAGCAUGUCCACCAGGCCCUCACUGACCACCCACAGUGAAGAGGGCGCUUUUAAGUUGGACAACAUCCCGCUGCCCGGUUGCUGUUUCUUCAAAAUGAGCAUCGAACGCUAUCGCAAGUACUCUAUAUUGUUAUAUUUUUUUGUCUCACUUCCAGAAGCAAAGAGGCAAGCGGUCACUGUGAGCCAACACGUGCCAGAGGAGAUUGCUUUGGAUGAGAUAGUUAACAUCUACCUGACUGAGACGGACACCAUCACACUUCUGGAUCUGCCAAGCACCUGUGUGUCGGAGGAUGCUGAUGACGCACAGGCUAUUAAGGAGAGUAACAUCCUCUACGUUGAGCUGUGCAAGAACAAAAUGGGCAACGACAAAUACGUUGCUCGAGCUGUGCAGACAUUUGUCGGAGCUUCUAAACACAAAAAAAUCCAGAGUGAAAAGGUUUUUAUGCAGGAUGAAGGUACCAUGGCCACCAUUUGGGAAAUCUUUGACUCAUUUCAAAGCGAAGCUCCUAAAAUGGAGAAGGCUGCUGCUGCUGCUGACAGUACCAUGGGUGUCAGAAAAGGUCGAGACGCACGGGCAGGCGAGAGCUACAGCAGCGCCAGCACAAUUGGCACUGCCAGCACAAGAAGCUCCCUGUUUUCCAUAACACAAGGCAACGCUUUGAGCGAGGAACUGGACCCUCAGGUGAUUCUGCAGUCCGAGACCUUUCAGCGCAACCUGUUUGUCAUGGAGCGGUGCAUCGCAGCCAACAUCUUUCAGCCCAAACUGGCGGCUUACAGACAACUGCCCGAAAUACAAGACCCCUACCUCGUGACCCAACAUAACUCUGAGGAGAACACCAAGGAGCAGGAGGAGGAUGAGGACAAAGAGGAAAAGGAGGUGGAGGAACAGGAGGAGGAGGUGAUUGAGGAGGAGGGCGAGGAAGAGGAAGAGCAGAAAGGACCAGCUCUGGAACAUCUCUGGACCUUUUGCUGUGAGCUCACCAAAGGACGGAACAUUACCAGCAUGGCUUGGAACAAGCAGAACCCCGACCUGCUGGCUGUGGGCUAUGGUGACUUCAAAUAUUGGCAAGCAGGCCUGAUCUGCUGCUGGUCCAUAAAGAACCUCAUGUGGCCGGAACGUCUUUACCACUGUCACAGUAGCGUCACGGCGCUGGACUUCUCCACUGGCAACCCUGAGAAGCUGGCAGUGGGGAUGCACGACGGAACUGUCGCUGUCUUCAGCGUGCGCAGUAAAGACCAGUACACCUACCUCGCCAGCAGCAGGGACUGUGCCAAAAAGCACGUCCACCCCGUGUGGUACAUCACCUGGGCCCGACAGGAGAUGAGACUGUCUGAGGAGGACACAAUGGAGUCUAUGGUGUCUGUGUCGGAGGACGGUCACAUCAUCAAGUGGCUCCUGUGCAGCAGUGGCCUGGACGGCAUAGACAUGCUGGAGCUGAGGAGAAUCCAAGAUGGCUUCAAGAAAACAGACGCGAGCAAAACAAAGAAAGAGGAUAUUCUCGUUUCCACAGCAACACCUGGUCUUUGUGUGGCUUUUCAGCCCACGGAUCCUAGUAUCUACUUAGCCGGCACAUCUGAGGGCGUCAUCCACAAGUGCUCCGUCUCCAACCAUCAUCACUAUCUGACCCUUUAUCAGAAACACCUUUGCCACGUAAACUACAUAGAAUGGUCCCCGUUCAGUCCCAACUUGUUCUUGAGCUGCUCCUCGGACUGGACCAUCCAGCUGUGGAAGGACGGCUGUCCGACCCCUGUGAAGAGCUUCUCCUUCCUCCAGACUCCUGUCUUGUCUGUCAGGUGGUCCCCACUUUGGCCCUCAGUGUUUGCCUCCAUCAACGAGGAACAGUUGGAGAUCUGGGACCUGAACGAAUCUCUGCUGGACCCGGUCAUCGUGCAAGCGGCAGAACCGGGCGUCCACAUCACUGUCGUGCUUUUCGCCAGGUGGACGGACUGCAUCGUGGUCGGUGACACGAGUGGACAAGUGACUUUCUACAAGAUCAACAACCUCAGUGUAGGGCCGGGCAGAAAGGUGCCAAAUUUGGAAGAUCUCAUUCACUUUGGUGACUCUACCUAGUUUGUUUUACAUUUUUAGUUUGGGUAUUGGGAAUAAUAGUAAAGUAUUUUAAUAUGUCAUAUUGGCUCAUGUGGUCAUCAUUAUGCACGCCGGAACAAAUAUUCAGCCUUUACGCUUACUUUUAGGUAUUCCUUUAACGGUAUGUUUAUUAUUGUGCUGCUGUAUCAUAAUGCGAGCUGUUGCACAGCACAGGAAUGCGCAGGCUAACGUGAUUAUUCAUGGAUGACAGCGCUUCCUUUCACUCGGACCAAGGCAGCUGCUAUGACUACUCAUCACAAACUCGUCUAUGUGUGCACACUUGUCCUGGCAUUCCUCUGCAAAACUAUUUGACAUCCAGACGCAUGGCAAAUAAACCAACAUUUACAGUACAACUUAAAGCUUGUCAAAUUUUAGUUUGGCCAACAAUUUUCAGGAAAACUGCCUUAAAUGUACACAUUAUGGACAUAGAACUCUUGAGCCCAUCUGUUUGUUGACAAUAAUGGCCACAGAGUGAAUAUGUAAAUGUUAGCUAACUGUGCUAGUCACUACCUUUCUCAGAGUUGUCGGGUUAACUGCAAUUGCCAUCAGCUUGACAGGACUCUGAGCCAGUAUGGAGCAGCUUUUUUGUGCACAAAGGACUUUGAUUUAGUUAUUAUAUGACAAUUUGAGUUACAUCUGUUUGUUAAGUGAGUAAAGCUGCUACAUUAGCUAGCUACCAUAUAUGCCUGUGGUCAGAAGGUAGUGUUUGUUAUGUUUCACAUUGCCUAAUUGAUUAUUUUAAUUUUAGACUUGUGCAACAGUUAAUGUUGAGAAUUAUAUGUUUGCCAGACAUUUAUUAAAGUUGAGAGUCUUUAACGAGUGUUUUAAUGUUUCUAACUAAGUGAAAUGUAUUGUCCUCAAAAGUACUGUCGGUUAUGUGGACACAGCUUUGAAAUAGUGUUUGCACAUUGUAAAGUGUAAUGGCUUUACAUCCCGUUUCAGAGCCAAAUGUUAUUGUCUUUUCAAUGGGAAGUGAAAGCCUCUCGAGUAGUGAUGUGUCGGUCGCAAACGAGCCAACUGGGAGCCAACUGAGAGCCAAAUUGUUUUUUCCUCGUCUUUUUUUCUGUUAAAGGCGAAUGUCAUUAAUGAAGAUGUGUAGCGGCGUCUCUAUGUCCAGCGGAGAGGCGGUGUUAAACACACACAGCACCAGUGUUGCAUUGUCAACAUGGUGGUGGCUUUGUCGCGGCAUAUUUUCUCAAAAGCAACUAGCGACAAAUCUAGCAACUUUUUCUGGCAUUGUUGGAGAGUUUUCUGGUGUUUGGGGACUUAAAAGUGAAAACACGUAUUGUUCUGAACUUCUGUUCUUACUGAGAAACAGCAGGUGCUGCUCCGCCGCGCUCCAAAGCAGUCAUAAGCGGUCA